AUGAGUUCUAAACAGUUGAAAGAAAUAAGAAAUUUCGAACAAAACACUCUGAUUUGGUUGAAUGACAAACUCACUGAUACACACAAAAUCAAUCAAAUUCAGUUUCAAUUACGACAAGUCAUCAACUACCUCACAAUUUAUUCAGAUGUUGAUGAAUGUGUUGAUUAUAUUUCAUCGAAUGAACAACAACACAUCUAUCUCAUCAUCUCUCAUUCAUUAGCAGAAGUUAUUCUUCCACUCAUCCAUCAGAUCUCUCAAAUCAAACUUAUUUACAUUUUUUCUCCUAAUGAUCAACACCAUGAUCAUCUAAUUCCGUCGAUCGACAAAAUCAAUGGUACUUUUACUGAUUUGACGCUUUUAUGUAACGCAAUACGAGAUCAAACUUCGAAUACUAAAAGAAGAAUACAGUCGGCAUGCAAUGCGUCCAAUUUCUUGUUAUCUUCUCUACCUUCUUCAUCAAAAUCUCGGUUGGAUCAACAGGAAGCAGAAUUCAUGUAUUUUCGAUUGUUAUCCGAAGCAAUCAUUGCUCUAAAUCAUAAACAAUCAACAAAAGAUGAGUUCAUCUCACUUUGCAACUCUCAAUACUCCGAUAAUCAAUGUGAACUUGACAAAAUCGACGAAUUUCAUCGUACAUAUUCGAAAGAACAUGCUAUUCGAUGGUACACACGUGAUUCGUUUCUCUUUCGAAUACUCAAUAAUGCACUCCGAACACAAGAUAUCGAUGUUUUGUACAAACUUGGAUUCUUCAUCACUGAUCUUCAUCAUCAGUUGAAAGAUUUACACAGGAAACAACUCACUGCCUUGUCCUUACCUUCGGUUGUUUAUCGUGGACAAUUUAUGAACAAAGAUGAAUUUGAUUAUAGAAUCAAAAACAAUAUUGGUGGAUUUUUGUCGAUCAACAGUUUCUUUUCAACAAGCACGAAGAGAGACGUCGCUUCGAUAUUUACUGGAAACUCGUCAUCAACUGAUGUAAACAUCGAAUCGAUCGUCUUCGAGAUAAAGAUUGAGAUUGAGAAAUGUCGUCAACCAUUUGCUGACAUUCGAUCGUUAAGUUAUAUGGAAGAAGAAGAUGAGAUACUGUUUUCAGUAGCUACGGUUUUCCGUGUUGAAUCAGUUGGAAGAUUAGACGUGGAAGGAGUGUGGUUGGUUCGGUUGAUAAUGAAUGGUGAAGAAGAUGAAGAACUACGUAUAUUGUCGAAGAAUAUCAAAGAUGAAAUUGGUGAAUUAGAUAAUUUGAAUACAUUCUGUGGUUUGUUAAUGAAGAUGGGAGAACUUGGAAAAGCUGAAGAAUAUUGUUUAAUGCUAAUUAGAGACACACCAGAUGACAGUUCAUUGAUGGUAAGAUAUUAUUCGAAUCUAUCUAUGUUCUAUAAUGAGCAAAUGGAGUAUGACGAAGCAUUAUAUUGGGGCGAAAAAGCCCUUCAGAUAUGUCAAGAUGAUACGUUAAUGUUAGGAAUAAUCCUUUGUAAUAUUGGUCUUUCUCACGUGCAAAAGAAGAACACGAUCGAGGCUAUCAAUUAUCUUAGCAAAGCAGUUAAUAUUUUGGAAGGUUUACCACAUAAUCACUUAGGAUUAGUGUCAGCUUAUUUGAAUUUGAGUGUAGCGUAUCAAGCACAAGGGAAUUAUUCAAAAUCAGAAGAGUUUCUUUACAGAAUUAUUAAUUUUAUUCGAAACUCACCCUCCAUCAACUAUUCUUUACUUGCAAGGACCUAUAGUCAAUUUGGAAAUUUAUAUUACUACCAAAAUAAGUAUGACGUGGCAUUAGAAUAUAUGUUUAAAUGUCUUAACAUUCAACAAAGAAUACUUCCAUCGAAACAUAAAAAUUUAGCGAAUUCAUAUACUCGUCUCGGAUUAAUAUAUUUCAAUCAAUCAAAGUAUACAGAGGCAUACAAUUCAUGUCAAAAGGCAUUAGAGAUUAUCGGUGUAUCGCCAGAAGAUCCGUACAUUGCUCCGUUGAUGUACAUCUUGGGCGAAUGUUAUUUGAAGAGAGACAAUGUGUCUGAGGCAAUAGCGUGCUUUGAUAAAGCUAUAAAUGCUCCAACAAACUCACUAUUUUGCGAUCAAGAAUCCUUCGUACGUGUUUGCACUAACUUGGGCGGCUUAUAUGCUGAACGACGAGAAUGGGAAAAGGCGCUGAACUGUUGUCUAAAAGCGAUUCCUGUUGCUCUUGUAUGUAACCACUCUCAACUUGCCAUAUUUUAUAUGAUAUCUGCUGAUCUGUACAGCCUAAUUAAUGAUUUUAAAUCAACUGCUAUAUAUUACGAACUAGCAUUGGAUAUCGCCUAUCAAACAUUGCCAGCAGAUCACACGAAUAUUAAAUUAAUCAAAGAACAUCAGUCUUUAUUCAUGCUCUUCGCAGCGCGAGGAUUAAAACUAAACUAG